AAAAAGCACAAAACAGCCAUUAAUUAAUAUUCUUCCAAUUUCACUUUCUUAAUAAAACAUGAUUAUUAUUACUACUUAGAAAGAAUAUCACGCUCCUCCAAAAAGAAGAAGAAACAAUAAUAAUAAGACAAAAGAAAAGUGAAUGAAAAGUGCAGUGUCGUCUUCAACAAUCACAGCAGGCGUAUAUUAGCAGCAACCACAGAUCACUGAUUCUUUUUCUAUAAUUGCAUCUAAAGAUAGAGUUAUUCCAGAAGUUUCAGUGAAACGAGGACUCUUCUAGCGGUUGCUUUUACUUUGAUUGGAUAUUUUUUCUCUCAUCGUUGGAUGAUCGGAUAGUAAGAGAAAGGUAAAUGAAGCUCAGUUGUGGUAUGCGGGGACACUUGCGUGCUUCAUCCUCAAUGUAUAAGCGCAUGACAUCCAGGGAUUCCAUGAAUUCUGAUGUCGAAGCCGAUUCAGAUCUUCUUCAGAAUGGUGUAGAGCAAGAGAUGACAAAUCCUUCUUGGAAAUAUUCGUGUCCACAUGUACUUGUGGCAACAAUAGUUGCAUUUCUGUUUGGCUAUCAUCUUGGGGUGGUGAAUGAGCCACUUGAAAGCAUUUCAGUUGAUCUUGGCUUCAGCGGGGAUACAUUGGCCGAAGGUCUGGUGGUGAGUACUCUUCUGGGUGCUGCCUUUGCUGGAUCCCUGAUUAGUGGUUGGAUUGCUGAUGGAGUUGGCCCUCGUCGAGCCUUUCAGUUGUGCUCAUUGCCUAUGCUUAUGGGUGCUUCAUUAUGUGCUACAGCCAAAACUCAAGCAAGCAUGCUUACAGGAAGAUUUUUAGUGGGAUUAGGAUUGGGCGUGGGUCCUCCUGUUGCUUCUCUUUACGUAGCAGAGGUUUCUCCUGCUCAUGUGAGGGGUACUUACGGGAGUUUAAUUCAAAUAGCAACAUGUCUUGGGCUGAUGGCAGCUCUUGUUAUAGGGAUCCCCGUCAAGAAUAUAGUGGGUUGGUGGCGUGUAUGCUUUUGGGUGUCUACUAUUCCGGCUGCAAUACUUGCAAUUGCUGUGAUGUUUUGUGCUGAAUCUCCUCAUUGGCUAUACAAGCAAGGAAGAUUUGCCGACGCUGAAGUCCAGUUUGAGAGGCUUCUAGGAAGCUCUCACGUUAAGAGUGCAAUGGUGGAGCUUUCAAAGUCGGAUAGAGGGGAUGAGAGUGAAAGCGUUAAGAUCUCUGAAUUGCUCUAUGGUCGGCAUUCUAGAGUUGUUUUUAUUGGGGCAACCCUAUUUGCUUUACAACAACUAUCAGGAAUAAAUGUUGUGUUUUAUUUCUCUUCAACUGUAUUUAGACGUGCGGGAGUAUCCUCGAACCUGGCAAAUGUUUUUGUUGGGAUUGCAAACUUGACAGGGUCAGUUGUGGCCUUGCUUCUGAUGGACAAAUUAGGAAGGAAAGUCCUCCUUCAUUGGAGUUUCUUUGGAAUGGUAACAUACCUUACUGAAGACUUUAAGAAGAGAGAUUUUAUCAAUUCUCAAGUGUUUCUAUACAACCAAUUACAGAGAAUCAGAUUUGUCAACACUCCCCCUCAAGUUGGUGCAUAGAUAUCACACAUGCUCAACUUGCAAACUAAGUUGUGAAAAGUUCAACUGCUAAGCCCUUCAGUGAAAACAUCAGCUAGCUGCUUGCUGGAUGUCACAUGGAACAGGCUCAAGGUAUCAUCAGUCAACUUUUCCUUGAUGAAGUGUCGAUCAAUUUCAAUGUGUUUUAUCCGAUCAUGUUGUACUGGAUUAUGGGCUAUACUGAUGGCUCUCUUGUUGUCACAGUACAAGGAUAAUUUAUUAUCUCCAGACAUUUUCAGUUCUUCUAGUAGCUUUCGCAGCCAUAGAAGUUCACAGAAACCCUGAGCCAUAGCUCUAUACUCUGCUUCAACACUUGAUCUAGCAACUACAGUUUGCUUUUUGCUUCUCCAAGUGACUAAGUUCCCUCCCACAAGUGUGCAAUAACCAGUAGACCUCCUAUCAUCUAGAGAUCCAGCCCAAUCAGCAUCUGUAAAAGCUUCUAUAUGGAGGUGACCAUGUUUGGCGAAAAGAAGACCUUUUCCAAGAGCAGAUUUCAAAUAUCGCAGAAUGCAUUAGACAGCCUGCAUGUGAGACUCACGAGGAUCAUGCAUGAACUGGCUUACCAUGCUAACUGCAUAUGCUAAGUCAAGUCUAGCGUGUGAAAGAUAAAUGAGUCUUCCAACCAAUCUCUGAUAUCUUUGUUUAUCAACCGACUCUCCUAUCCCUGCUUGUAACUGGUGGUUACUCUCAAUUGGUGAUCCUCCUGGUUUACAACCCAACAUACCAGUUUCUUCCAAGAGAUCUAGAAUAUAUUUCCUCAGAAAUGAAGAUUCCUUUUCCUGAUCUAGCCACUUCAAUUCCCAAGAAAUAUUGCAGCUUCCCUAGAUCCUUGAUAUAAAACUUGUGAGCCAAAAACUUCUUUAACCGACCCAUCUCUUCUUUGUCAUCACCUGUCAUCACUAUAUCAUCAACAUAAACUAUUAAAAGAGUGAUCUUACCGGGUCUUAUAAAGAGAGUAUGAUCAGCAUUGCUUUGUUGAUAACCAAAAGAAAACAUGGCUUUGCUGAAUCUGUCGAACCAUGCUCUGGGAGACUGUUUUAGCCCGUAUAAAGAUUUCUUCAAUCUACAUACCUUUCCUUGACUUGUUUCAUUGUCAAAUCCAGGAGGAAUCUCCAUAUACACUUCUUCUUCCAAUUCACUGUGUAAGAAUGCAUUUUUUACAUCAAACUGCUGCAAUUCCUAGUCAAGGUUGAUUGCACAAGAUAACAAGAUUCUGAUUGUGUUCAUCUUGGCGACAGGAGCAAAUGUCUCUUGGUAGUCCACUCCACAUGUUUGAGUGAAUCCCUUAGCUACCAAUCUGGCCUUGAACCUCUCAAUCGAACCAUUGGCUUUAUGUUUCAUAGUGAACACCCACUUGCAGCCCACCAACCAACUGUUUAUCUGGUGGAGGAACAACUAAUUCCCAAGUCUUAUUUUUUGCUAGAUCCUUCAUUUCUUCAAACAUAGCUUCUUUCCACUUGGGAUCCUUGAAAGCUUCCCUCCAAUCCUGUGGAAUAGACACAGAGGAAAUGACAAGGCAAAGGCUCUAUAGGAAAGGGACAAGGAAUCAUCGGACAUAAAGUUAGAAAUAAGAUGUUUGGCACAGGAUCUGACCCCUUUUCUUUGAGCAAUAUGUCUAUCUAAAGCAGCAGAAGAAUCAGAAAUUAAAGUUGACUUACCAUAAGAGGAGGACCCUUGGCAGGGAGUAGGUUGCAUUGCAUGAUGGCUUCUUGUCUCCUGUUUCUCCUUGAAUAUCUCAUCAAAUCAGGUUUGUCCAGACGUCCAAUAGUCUCUUUGUGAACAGUAGUCUCCCCGGAGCAGUACUUCUUACAGUUUCCUCCUAAACACUCUCUAAUGGAACUCUCACCUGGAGUAAUGUCAUCAAGAGAUCCAAAAUUAAGUAUCACCUCUUCUCUUUCAUUACUCUACCCCUGAGGAGGUGAUUGGGUUCCAUUGAAGUAAGGUUCAGAUUCUCUAAAAGUAACAUCCAUUCUUACAAAAUACUUCCUUGAUGGAGGAUAGUAACAUCGAUAACCUUUAUGUGUUGGAGAAUACCCAACAAACACACAUUUAAGGGCCCUUGGAUCUAGUUUUCCUGCAUUCCUACUAUGAACAAAACAAACACAUCCAAACACCUUUGGAGGAAUAGUAUAGACACUAUUCCCUCGUAAAAUCUUUGAAGGACUCUUAAAAUUGAGUGUUUUGAGAGGCAUUCUAUUGAGAAGAUAAGAAGAUGCUAAGUAAGGUUUUGGGAGAUUCAUAGUGAACAUGAGGGAUCUAGCAACUUCCAAAAAUGUCUAUUUUUUCGUUCAGCCACUCCAUUUUUUUUACUAGUGUAAGGACAACUAGUUUGGUGGAUGAUCCUGUUAGACUCCAAAUAAGUACCAAAUCGACUAUCCAUGUAUUCGAUGCAAUUAUCAGUUCUCAAAAUUUUUAUCUUAGUUUCAAACUGAGUGCGAACCAUCUUAUGAAAAGAUUGAAAGCAAGAAAAUACAUCACUUUUUGCCUUUAUCAGGUAAACCCAAGUCAUUCAUCGACUACCGUACACAGAGGCUGUCUGAGUAGGCCCCCAAACAUCAGAAUGGAUAGUCAUAAAAGGAAUUGUGCUUUUAUUAUUACUAUUACUUGACGGAUAAGAGUUUCUAGUAUGUUUGGCAUACUCACAAGCGUCACAAAACAAAGAAUCAACCUGAAUCCUAGAAAACAAACUAGGAUAUAAUUUUUCUAAGAUAAAAAAGAAUGGAUGCCCCAACCGCCUAUGCUACCGUAUAAUUUCUUGAUUGGCAUUCUUAUUUUCUCCAAAAAAAAAAGCCUUGACAUAGAACAUCACUUUGAUUCCUCUCCAACAUAUAUAAGCCAUCAUGCACUCUAUCAUUGCCAAUCCUCUUCCCUGUUUGAAGAUCCUGAAAGACACAAUAAUCAGGAAAAAACUCAACUUUGCAGUUUAAAGCUUUGGUGGUGGCGCUGACUGAUAAAAGGUUAACUGGAAACUGAGGGACAUGAAGUACAGAAGAUAACUUAAUAUUUGGAGCACAAAAAACAGAACUUGUUCCAGCUAUCGGGGAAAAAGAACCAUCGGCUAUUCUAACAUUGUCUGUUUUUAGACAUGGAGUGUAGUUAAGAGGUUCUUUAGAGGAGCCUGUCAUGUGUCUAUUCGCACCAGAAUCAAUAAUCCAUGAAAUUCGCACCAAAAUCAAUAAUCCAUGAAUUAAGAUGAGCAGUAAAAGCAGUACCUGACUUCACCAAAUUAGAUGUUGCACCUGAGGAAGAGUCAAGUUGCGACAAAAAGGACUUGAGAUGCUUGAGUUCACUAGGAGAGAAAAAUUCACGAGAGGUUGUCUCCUUAGAUGACUCUACUGUCUCUGACAAAUUUGCUUGAGCUCUCAUUGAGUUGACUCGUUUUCCUCCACGACCUCUAGAGGGUCGAUCAUGUAACUUCCAGUAAGUUUCCUUGGUAUGGCGUGGCUUCUCACAAUAAUCACAAGGUAAUUGAUCUUUAUCAUAAUUGGUAGCCUUUAUGUGCUCACGAGAAUCACUAGCGUUCAAUCCAGACUUCUCAAUUGAUGUUGUGUAAUGACUAGUCGUCAACCCAGACUUCUCUAUUCAUGUUGUGUAGAGCAUAGCACUCCUCCUGCUUUCUUCCUGCAAGAAAUAGGAAUAGGCUUCCUCAAGAGAAGGAAAAGGGGUUUUACCAAGUACUUGAACCCUUAUCUAGUCAAAUUCGUGGUUUAAACCGGGCAAAAAAUCGUAGAUCCGGGCAAGAAAUCGUAGAUCCGCUCCUUUUCAACCAGUUUUUGGAACUUUACUGCAUCCUUAGUACAAUCUGCUUGGAAGUCUUGAUAAUAAUCUAGCUCUUGCCACAAACCACUCAAUUCAGAAAAAUAAUGAGAAAUUGACAUCUCACCUUGCUUUGUGCCAUGGACUUUGUUACAGAUCUUAAAGAUCUGAGCAUCAUUUUCCAUGUGUGAGUAGGUGAGCUUAGUUGCAUUCCAUAUUUUUUCAGCAGUGUCUAGCAAUAUAUAUUGUCUGGUAAUCUGGGGUUGCAUAAAGUUGAUCAGCCAUGACAUGACAAGCGAAUUCUCUGAGUCCCACUGGUUGUAUGUGGGAUCAGAGAAAGCUGAUUUUUUCUUAUCCCCAUUAAUGUACCCUGUAACUUUCUAGCUUUGAUAAAUAAUAAACUGGAUCUAGACCAAGCAAGGUAAAUGGCACUACCAUCAAGUUUCACAGGGCUAAUCCGUAGGUGUGAAUUAGUUUCUGACAUGGUGGCAAGAAAAAAGCUAGAACAGUGGAAAACAAAAGGAAAAUCAGAGAGAAACUUUACAGCGGCUCAAUAGUGCGGGAGAGAGGAAACUCUAUCUCCUAAAAAGGCAUGAGCUCUGAUACCAUGAAGACUUCGAGAAGAGAGAUUUUAUUAGUUCUCAAGUGUGUCUAUACAACCAAUUAUAGAGGUAUUUAUACACAAAACUGAAGCCUAACUAGGAAAUAUACAAUUAACGAAACAAGAAUCUAUAAUAAUGGAAACUAAACCAGAUAAGAAUCUGUCUAAUUAUGAUGUAGAAUCUGAUCAUAUCAAAAACAUAUCAGAAUCAAAUCAGAAUCUGAUCCAAUCUUAAUAGACUCAGGUUUGUCAACACUUACUUAUUGUAUACCUGCUUGACUGAGAUCAUUAAUACUUGGAAAGCAA